AUGGAGGCCCAGGGUCACAUUGUCCACAACUGGAAGGUGCGAUGGUUCAUCCUCCGGCAGAACACACUGCUAUACUACAAGCUUGAGGGGGGCCGGAGAGUGACCCCUCCCAAGGGCCACAUCCUCCUGGAUGGCUGUACCAUCACCUGCCCCUGCCUGGAGUAUGAAAACCGGCCUCUGCUCAUUAAGCUGAAGACUCGAACAUCCACGGAGUACUUCCUGGAGGCCUGUUCUCGAGAGGAGAGGGAUGCCUGGGCCUUUGAGAUAACAGGGGCUAUUCAUGCUGGGCAGCCAGGGAAGGUCCAGCAACUCCACAUACUGAAAAACUCCUUCAAGCUUCCCCCUCACAUCAGCCUACAUCUUAUUGUGGAUAAGAUGCACGACAGCAGCAGCGGGAUCCGGCCAAGCCCCAACAUGGAGCAGGGAAGCACUUACAAAAAGACCUUCAUAGGCUCCUCCCUGGUGGACUGGCUCAUCUCCAACAGCUUCGCAGUGAACCGUCUGGAGGCGGUAACCCUGGCCUCCAUGCUCAUGGAGGAGAACUUCAUCAGGCCAGUAGGCAUCCGAAGCAUGGGAGCCAUUCGCUCUGGGGAUCUGGCCGAGCAGUUCUUGGAUGACUCCACGGCCCUGUACACUUUUGCUGAGAGCUAUAAGAAGAAGAUAAACCCCAAGGAAGAAAUCAGCCUCAGCACUGUGGAGUUAAGUGGCACAGUGGUAAAACAAGGCUAUCUGGCCAAGCAGGGGCACAAGAGAAAAAACUGGAAGGUUCGGCGUUUUGUUCUGAGGAAGGACCCAGCUUUCCUGCAUUACUACGACCCUUCCAAGGAAGAGAAUAGACCAGUUGGUGGGUUUUCUCUUCGUGGUUCCCUUGUGUCUGCUCUGGAGGAUAAUGGCGUUCCCACUGGAGUUAAAGGGAAUGUUCAGGGAAAUCUCUUCAAAGUGAUUACUAAGGAUGACACACACUAUUACAUUCAGGCCAGCAGCAAGGCUGAGCGAGCUGAGUGGAUCGAAGCUAUCAAACAGCUAACGUGAACUUGGCUAGAGUCUGAGGGAACAGGACCUGGAUGCCUCCCUGCUAGCAGAGGAUACAUACAGGGUUUCCUGGAGAAUGGGAGUGUGUUAAGACUUCUGACAAGGAGUUUAACAAGCAGUUAACUUCUUUGUACAUUUUGUACCACUUUGGAGGGAGACUGGUGAGUGCCUCAGUUACAAACAGCAGUGGUGCUAUUUCCUUCUGCAUCUUCAUGUUUAUCAACCUGGAAAGGCUAGAACAGCCCCUGGCAUUAGCAUCUUGACCUGUGCCAAUCACCACAGGUAGCCCUUUCCUUGGGCACCAAAGUAAGUUCCCCUUGUUGUAACACUGACACUGGACAUACUGCAACACUGACUAUAAUUCUAGUCU